AUGGGCAAGAGGGGCGUCAGCCGGCCGAAGAAACAGGCGAAGAUGAACCGAAAACAAGCAGAACGAACAAUAGUCACAAAAGCAGUGGUAGAAUCAAUACAAGAAGAAGGAGAGAGUAGCAAAGAGGAUGAAAAAGAAGAACCCUCGUCUGAAGAGUUGGAAGUACUCGGAAAGAAAGAAGAAGUUCAACCCAAACCAUGGGUAGAUGUUAUACAAGGUAACUGCAGCUUAAAUCGUGGAAUGACAGUAGGUUUUGUAGCACCUAAGAUAGUUAAUGGAGACCUAGAGAUAAAAAAAAUCGAACAAGAAGAUGUUACAGAAGAGCUGGAAUUCUGGGAAAAUGCGAUUAUCUUAUUUGCGUUGGGUGAAUCAUUGCCAAUGAAUGCUGCGAAGAAAUUUAUGGAGAAGACGUGGAAUUUUGUUGUGUUCCCUGACCUCUACUAUAAUGAAUAA